ACGGAUUUUUUUUCCCUUUGUAGUAAAACCAGGUAUUGGUUUCUGAGGAAAAGCACAUACAAUACAAAUAACUGAACUACAUCCUUUUCCAGCUCUUUAAAUCUGUAUCCUUUUCUUAUCAUUUUUGGUAGCGUUUGAAUUUGACAAAGGAAUUUUAUGUUCCAUUGACAUUUAAAAACAAAAUCAGAGUAUCUUUCAGUGCAUUAGAAGAGUGUAAUUCUGAAGAGCUGAUUUUUUAUUUCCUUUGGUGAAUAACUUGGUGAAGAUACAGGGAUACACAUCCAUGUCUCAACGCCGCCUUUUAAGGGAAGGACAUGAAAGUCAUUUUAGGAUCCUACCAAGAUUCAUCCAAAUCCUGCAUGGCAGACGGUACUCACGGAAUAACCCACGCCAAAUAUGCUCUGAUGAAAUCAUGCAUCAGGAUAUCAUUCCCCUCUAUGCUGCAGAUAUUCACGACCAGUUAAAGAAACAAUUUGCUUACCUGUCAGGUGGAAGAGGGGGAGAUGGAUGCCCUGUUAUCACCUUUCCAGACUAUCCAGCUUUCAGCGAGAUCCCUGAGAAGGAGUUCCAGAACGUACUGACCUACCUGACGAGCAUCCCAAGUUUACGAGAUGCUGGAAUUGGAUUUAUUCUUGUCAUAGAUCGCAGACAGGACAAAUGGACCUCUGUGAAAGCUUCCAUACUGCGGAUAGCAGCAUCUUUCCCGGGAAACCUGCAACUAGUCCUUGUUCUGCGCCCAACAGGAUUUUUUCAUCGAGCUCUCUCAGACAUUGCUUUCAAGUUCAACAAAGAUGAGUUUAAAAUGAAAGUACCUAUCAUAAUGCUGGGCUCAGUAUCAGAACUACAGGGUUACAUUGAUAAAACACAAUUAACAGAAGAUCUUGGUGGCACCCUGGAUUACUGCCAUAACAGAUGGCUGUCCCGUCGCACUGCUAUAGAAGGUUUCGCCCAAAAGGUUAAGCAAACAGCUCAGAUUCUUCAGUCCUUUGGGACUGAGUUGGCUGAAACAGAACUACCAAAUGAUGUGCAAUCAACCAGCUCCCUUCUUGCGACACACACAGAAAAGAAGGACAAAAUGAAGGAGGAUAUCAGGUUAGCAGUAGAACAGGGAGACGAUAUCCUUGGAAGUAUUACAAAACCAGUUACUGAGAAUCCUGAAUACAAACUGAAUCAAGAUCAGCUAGACAAUCAAACAACGGUAGAAAGGCUUCUGGCUCAAUUACAUGAAACGGAGACUGCCUUUGAUGAAUUUUGGAUUAAGCAUCAGCAAAAACUUGAGCAGUGUCUGCACCUUCGGAAUUUUGAACAGAAUUUUAGAGAGGUCAAAGCAGCUUUGAAUAUUGUGUCCGAGAGACUGUCUGCUUUCACAGAUGUGGGAAAGAGCUGUUCUCAUGUGGAGCACAUUUUGAAAGAUCUUGCCAACUUUGAAGAAAAAUCAUGUGAAACUAUAGUAAAAGCCCGAAUGCUGGCCUCAGAGGGUGAUGCUUUUAUUCAAAGCAAUCAUUAUGCUGUGGACUCUGUUAUUCCAAAAUGCAGUGAACUUCAUCAUCUCUGUGAUGCCUUCACUACUGAGACAGAACGGAGGAGGAAUCUUCUUAACAAAUCUCUAGAAUUGCAUGGCUUACUAGAAAAGUCUAUGAAGUGGUGCGAUGAAGGAAUUUAUCUGCUGGCUUCACAGCCGGUAGAUAAGUGUCAGUCUCAGGAUGGUGCAGAAUCAGCAUUACAGGAGAUCGAGAAAUUCCUGGACACUGGUACAGGCAAUAAAAUCAAGGAGUUGAAUAAAAUUUACAGAGAGUAUGCACACAUCCUCAGUGAGGACCUAAAGGAGCAUGUGCAAAAGGUUUUCCAGAAGCAAGAAAGUAUGGAAGAAAUGUUUCAAAAGAGACAAGUAAGUCUUAAGAAACUGGCAGCUAAGCAGACACGUCCUGUUCAGCCAGUUGCACCACGACCUGAAGCCUUUGUAAAAUCUCCUUGUACCUCUCCAGGUCUUCAAAGAGAAUACGUAUCCAACUCAGAAAGCAGUGCAUUUCGGAGGGUAAACUACAGAAGAGGAAAGAGUGAAAUGACUGAACUCCAUCAAAGCAGAGGAGGAUCUACAAUGGAUGAUGAAGAAAACCUAGCUGUGUUACGGCAGCAUGUGAUUAAUGAACUUAUUGAGACUGAGCGAGCAUAUGUGGAAGAACUUCUCUGCGUUCUUGAGGGUUAUGCUGCAGAGAUGGACAACCCCUUAAUGGCUCAUCUCAUUCCACCAGAACUCCAAAAUAAGAAGGACAUCUUGUUUGGAAAUAUGGAAGAAAUUUAUCACUUUCACAACAGAAUAUUCUUGAGAGAACUAGAAAACUACGUAGAAUACCCAGAACUAGUAGGACGGUGCUUUCUGGAUCAGAUGGAGGAUUUCCAGAUUUAUGAAAAAUACUGCCAAAAUAAACCUCGAUCUGAAAGUUUGUGGAGGCAAUUUUCAGAUUCUGUCUUCUUUCAGGAAUGUCAAAGGAAACUCGAUCACAAGCUCAGUUUGGACUCAUACUUGCUGAAACCCGUUCAAAGAAUAACCAAAUACCAAUUAUUGCUAAAGGAAAUGCUGAAGUACAGUAAGAACUGUGAAGGUGCUGAAGAUCUUCAGGAGGCAUUAACUUCUAUACUGGGUAUUCUCAAAGCAGUUAAUGAUUCUAUGCACCAGAUAGCCAUUACAGGCUAUGAUGGAAACCUGAAUGAGCUGGGCAAGCUUUUAAUGCAAGGAUCCUUCAACGUCUGGACUGAUCAUAAAAAGGGUCACUCGAAGGUGAAAGAUUUGGCACGCUUCAAGCCAAUGCAGCGACACCUCUUCCUCCACGAGAAAGCAGUGCUGUUCUGUAAAAAGCGAGAAGAAAACGGAGAGGGAUAUGAGAAAGCACCUUCUUAUAGCUACAAACACUCCUUAAAUAUGGCAGCAGUUGGAAUAACAGAAAAUGUCAAAGGGGAUGUAAAAAAAUUUGAAAUCUGGUAUAAUGCAAGGGAAGAAGUUUACAUCAUACAGGCACCAACUCCUGAAGUUAAAGCUACUUGGGUAAAUGAAAUAAGAAAAGUGCUGACAAGUCAACUGCAGGCAUGCAGAGAAGCUAGUCAGCACAGGACACUAGAACAAACACAGAGUUUACCUCUACCAGCAUCAUCUUGUACAAGUCCUUCACGGAACCACAUCAGAAACACCAAAAAAAUGGAUGAGCGAAAAGCUGAUCUGGCAAGUCUAGAAGGUUAUGGCACCACAGUAGCACCGAAGUACCCUGAGAAAGGCAAAGGUUGGGCUAAAACAUCUCAUUCUCUUGAUGCUUCUGAAGAAAAUGACGGCUGGUCUAGUGCUGAAGAUCCACUGAAUUCAUCAGAUGCGGAGGAAGAAGGAGGAGGGGGAGGCGAGAUGAAGCUGACUCCUGGUAAAUAUACAGUUGUGACUGAUUAUGAGAAAGGAGUUUCUGAAGAAUUUACAGUGAAAAGUGGAGAUCUAGUUCAACUGAUUCGUGAAGGGGAGGAUGGACUUUGGUAUGUAAAGAACCUCAGCAGUGGUAGAGAAGGUUGGAUCCCAGCAAACAAUCUGCUGAUGCUCAUAGGCAAUUCAAAAUCAGCUCAAUCUUUAAGCAGCUCCGAAUCAGGCACUGCCUCCAGCACUUUGAGCACAUCAUCAAGUUGCAGUGAUAGCUGCAAUGCCAGCAGCACCAGCUUCUCGGACAUUAAGGGCUAACACUAAAUUUUCACCUCACCUCCAAGGAAGGUAAAUCCGGAGUUUGUCAUUUUGUGCAGAGUUCUGGACAUUGGACUCCAAUGGAGAACCGCCAGUUCUGUGUUGCCAGCUUUGAGUAUUUUCACUGGUGAUUUUUACAGGUUCUCCCAGAAGAUCUCAAUGAAAGUGCAUGGAAAGUGAAGUUGUAAAUAGAAGUUAAACGAUUUGAAAUAGGGUCCUGUAGAGGCUUCUGCUUUGAAGUCUGAAGCUGCAGAGCUGUUACUCACUGAUAUACAUUUUUCUCACUGAUAUACAAUCAGGUUUCUGCAGAACUGUAUCUUUUUGUAACAGCCAGAAUCUGAAUGUAAGCAAACAAAACGUGUUCAGUGCUAAAUCCUUAUUGUAAACUAAUAACAUAGCAGUCACUGUAUGGGAUAGGUAUAAGGAAAAUAAAUCUGAGUUUACAGCUUCUCCUCCCCAAAAAAACGCUUCUCCAAGGAUGUACCUCAGUCAGUGCAGUGAAUGGGACUCUUAGAGCAACCAGGAAGGAGGUUUGGUCCAGCCUUUUCUCUUCUCUCGGGUCUUCAGGAUAUUUUUCUGCUCCCUAGACGCUGGGAUGCAGGUAUUACCAAUUGACUGACCACAACAGCAUCAGAAGAAAAUAUUGUUUUAUCCUUUUCAACAUUUUAAUAACAUGUGCAAUGAAGUAGCUGUUUUCUGAGGUAUUUUGGCCUCACAACCAAAUUCUUUACCAAGAUCACUGUGUUUACAUAGCCUUGGCAAUUUAGUAGUAUCUUUCUCCUUACACAGGUGCACAAUGAAACACAAAUGUUCUUAUUCACUAAAUGAUUUAUUAAUAAAUGGUAAUUGCAUGGUUACCUUCAGCUGUCAUAGUUAACAUGCAGUUACAGGCAGAGGAAACUGGUGGCUGCACUAUGGGUCAAGAGCCUUCUUUCAGACAAACCUAUGAGGGCUAGAAAUCAGACACAUUUUUAGUCAGUAGUGUUUGUUGCAGAUUUAUUCAAAGAGAAAAAACAAUGAGGUAAUUCUUCUAUAAAAGGGUAGCACAGGAGAAAAAAAAUCUUUAUUAGAGAAGAGUCAGAUUUAUGCUACAGACAAGUAUUUUAAAUUUUUGAAAGGAAGGGUGAUGCUAAACUUGCCAUUUUUCAAGGUAUGAUGUAAGCCAAUGUUGUACAUUCUCACCUUGUGAGACGUUCUUUGCCCAUCAUCCUUACAAACAGUCC